AUGCUGGCGGCACGCACGGGGACUGUGGGGAAUAAAAAUGCUGAGGAAACCCUGAAGCUGAGGAAGCAGUCGGUGCUUUCUGGGAGCAGGGAGAGAGCCCUGAAGAGCUCCUCGGAAAGCGGGAAGGAGGGCCGAGCUCGGGCCGGCCAGCCCCAGCAGCGUGCCCGGCGGCUGGCUCUGCUGCGGGAGCUGGAGAUGAACUGGUACCUGCGGGUCUGCGAGCUCUCCCACGAGUACACCAUCGCCUACACCACUGGGAUGCCCCACAGAAACCUUGGAAAAUCCGGACUGAGAGUCUCGUGCCUGGGGCUGGGGACAUGGGUCACUUUUGGAGGUCAAAUCUCAGACGAGGUGGCUGAGCAGCUGAUGACCAUUGCCUACGAGAGCGGCGUCAACCUGUUCGACACGGCCGAGGUGUACGCAGCCGGCAAGGCUGAGGUCAUCCUGGGGAACAUCCUGAAGAAGAAGGGCUGGAGGAGGUCCAGUCUGGUCAUAACAACAAAAUUGUACUGGGGUGGAAAAGCUGAAACGGAAAGAGGGCUUUCGAGAAAACACAUCAUUGAAGGGCUAAAGGCUUCUCUCCAGAGGCUGCAGCUGGAGUACGUGGACGUCGUCUUCGCCAACCGGCCAGACAAUAAUACCCCCAUGGAAGAAAUUGUCCGAGCGAUGACACAUGUAAUAAAUCAAGGCAUGGCGAUGUACUGGGGAACGUCACGCUGGAGCGCUAUGGAGAUCAUGGAAGCCUACUCCGUAGCCAGGCAGUUUAACAUGAUACCGCCCGUGUGUGAGCAAGCUGAAUACCAUCUUUUCCAAAGAGAGAAAGUGGAAGUUCAGCUGCCGGAAUUAUAUCACAAAAUCGGGGUCGGAGCGAUGACGUGGUCUCCACUAGCCUGUGGGAUCAUCUCAGGGAAAUACGGCAACGGGGUCCCUGAAAGCUCAAGGGCUGCGCUAAAGUGCUACCAGUGGCUGAAAGAGAAAAUCAUAAGCGAGGAAGGCAGAAAGCAGCAGGUGAAGCUGAAAGACCUGUCGCCCAUCGCCGAGCGCCUCGGGUGCACGCUGCCUCAGCUGGCCGUCGCAUGGUGCCUGAGAAACGAGGGGGUGAGCUCCGUUCUUCUAGGAUCUUCCAACCCAGAGCAGCUGAUAGAGAACCUUGGAGCCAUACAGGUCCUUCCAAAGAUGACAUCCCAUAUCGUAAACGAAAUAGAUAAUAUUCUGGGAAAUAAGCCCUACAGCAAGAAGGACUACAGAUCAUAAUGCAAUGCAUGAAUUCCCUGGACUGCAUGGUUUAAGAAGUGCUCUGUACAGAAGUACAGCCCCGAAUUAAAAUCCGGUUAUGAGAAUCAUUCAGCAGCUUGCUGCUCGGUGUCUGCUGUCACUGGAUCCUUCGAGAUGUGUGCUGUUGCUACUAAUCUGCAGUGAAAUUUAAAAGCACAGUUGAUCUCUCUUCUAACCAAGAAUAAUCUUGUAUUUUCUUACCUUCGACCGAAUUCAUUAAUUUUUACUUUACUCUUAGCACCUCAUGCUUGUGCUGUGAAAAACACUCGUAAAGCAAAAAAUAAUUUAUAACCUUCAGGUACUUGGUAAUUAAAGAAGGAUGUACAGAUCUAUUUUUUCAAUGACGAAAAGCCAGAUACAACUUAAGGUUUUAAUAAAACCACAUUUGGGAAAUCUCAACUAUAAAGUUUCUUCAGGUUAACAGAUAGAAGGGCGAGCUCAAAUUUUCUGUUUUCUUUUCUAUGCUGAAUAUAUGCUUCAGAUUUCAUUUGUAGUUGAAUAAAGGAUGUAAGACAGAGAAUUAGUUAGAAAUUAGAUAGCUCAACUCCUAACUAUACAAUUAUUUCAGCUGUGGAGUGCUCCUGGGAAGUAUUUCUGAGUAUAAGCCAGAAGAGCACAGUUAGAAAACCCAAACACGCAUGUCAGGUUAAUAAAAACAACGGCUGUUUGCAAAAUUCUAAUUCUACAUAAACUUUAAACCAAGAAAUCCAUGAUAAAAUAUUGGGUUUUGCAUCUAUAGAAACUUGCCUCUACUUCUGCCUGCUUGUAGACAUAGCUAUUGCAAAUUUCAAUAUUCAUGAGCUUUUAAGGAUAUAGAUACUUAUAUAUCAUAUAUAGCUGCUGAAAAAUACCAGAAAAAAAUCAGGUGCGUACUUUGGUGGAAGGUCACAUUUGCUUUAACUUGUUCUGGAAUCGGGCAUAAGUAAAUGCAUAGUAUUUUUAAGACACCUUUUAAAUAGGUAGUUUUUUGUGAGCAUUUCAUCCCUCUACAGGAGUUGAUAGCAAGCACUUACAUAUUAAUUUGCCCAUCUUAAGAACCACGUCAUAUUUUACCAUGAGUUUGCUUUGUAAAACGCGCCGAUGAUUUCAGUAAGUAUUUCUCACUCGUAUUGAAUCGUGUACUUUGGGCACAUACAUACUUCCUAGGGGGUAUGUACAGUAUUGUACAGUAUUUGUAGGACCCUUGUAUUCUAGUCCCCUUAACUCCAGGAUUUCUGCAGAGCGUGUGCAGUGUUCACAUGGGCCACGUGAACAGAUACUAAUACUUGAGUUGUCUGCUGUAUUUAAUCCAAUGAGCUAUGGUAUGUGUAAACGAACUUAGCUGCUGUAUAUCCAGAAACGCAGUCUGACUUUGACUUCUGCUCAGACACAAUA